GGUUUGGUCAAGGUAUUGAAGGGAAGGCAAUCCGCUUUUGAAAUUCUGGGCAUCCCGUACGAGCCCCUUCUCGUGGUGGCCCCGAGGUUCAUGGUACCGUGGAUGAGCCGUUGCAGUCGAGCUUUCGACUCGGUGGCGGAACUUUUCAGGUACGUGGACAACGCGUCACUGCUAUAUGACCAAGAGUCACCGUCUCCGGAGAAAAUGGAGUUGCUGCAGAAAUUAAAGCUUAAAGACUUUAGCACUGUGUUGGUUCUGCAUUGCAAGAAUGCCUACGGCGUCACCAUCACUGCGGAGACGGGUUGGAAGUUGACCUACUCUGGCGACACCAUGCCGUGCGACGCCCUCAUCGAAGCCGGAAAGGGAAGCGACAUACUCAUCCACGAGGCAACAAUGGAGGACGACUUAGCCGAGGAAGCCGUCAUCAAGACUCACAGCACGACGAGCCAGGCGAUUGAGGUUGGCGAGCGGAUGGGAGCCAAGUUCACCCUGCUGACCCACUUCAGCCAGCGUUACGCCAAGCUGCCCCUCAUCUCGGACAAGUUCCACAGCACCGUGGGCUGCCUUUGACCACAUGCUGGUGCGGCCGAGCGACCUGCCCGUGCUUCCGCUGCUCUUCCCAGCGUUGAAGAGCCUGUUCGCCGAACACUACGAAGAGAUGCAAGAGAAGACGGCAAAGAAGCUGCGUCAAAAGGCUCUGCUCAGUGCCUCGACUAAUUCCUCUGAAGUCAAGCUCCAAACAUCUGCGUAAU